AGCGCGUGCUGAACGAAGGAGUGAAACAGACGAUGGGAUGCGUAUAGCGUGUGGGUUUGUAGCAGACAGGCUCCAAAGGAGUCAGUGCGGUUCAGAGGCCGCUAUUGAAAUAGUCGUGGCAUUCCCAACUGGGCUACCGCGCUGCGUUGUCGCAUCAUCUCGAUCGUUUUCCCGACCAAUAUACACACGAGAACCACGACGACCACUUUUACGAUUACUACAACUAGCUCUCCCCUUGAUAAUACAAAAAUUUUACGGUUAUUACCUUAACGAUGCAAUAAAAAUAAUCGCGCGCGAACGUGUAUCUUAAUAAUAAAAGAAUUUGUUUAAAAAUUUUUUGAUAACAUACUUAUUUAGAUUUAGUGUGAUUUAAAUAAUAAAAAUUUUUGUGUGUUUUGAGUGUUUUCUAAAAGAAAAAUAAUCGCGGACUAAGAAUUAACUUUUUUAAUAACAUUAAAAAAGUUUGUGUUUAAACAUAUUUUUUUAGUUAAGUGUUUUUUUACUUGUUAAAACCCCAUGAUGAACUCAUAUUUUGAGCCAAACACCUUUUACGGACACCCUCAUCAAAGUGGCUCGGUGACCGGAAGUCACCACCACGAUCAAAAUAGCGCGUACAGACCGUUUCCGAUCGCGCUCGGCAUGUCACCUUAUGCCUCGAGUCAACACCACCAUCAUCACUCGCUGCACCAGGCCAGGCCGCCCCAGGACUCACCUUACGACGCCUCAAUAACCUCCGCCUGCAAAUUAUAUUCAUCAUCAACCGAAUCCCAACAGAACUCAGUCAAUUACAGUUCAAACACGAAACCGGAUUGUUCCAAAGGGAAUUCAGAUCAAAACGGUUACGCUUCCGUCGUAGCCGCCCAAGUUAAAGAUGUUUGGCAAAGCACCACUUCUGGUGGAGGAGCUAAUUUGAGUAGUUCUUUGGGCGGCCCCGUUAGGCCUUCGGCGUGCACCCCGGACUCAAGGGUCGGCGGUUAUGGUUCUUCCGUUGGACUCGUCGGCGGUGAUCCCGCUUCGAGUCCGGGGGCGGCAAGUGGCGGUAGAACGAACGCCCUUAGUGCGUGGAAUAAUCCGUGCUCCCUGAACACAUCGACGUCGCAACCUGUAGGAACACAGCUGCACCAGCAAUCAAACCAUACGUUUUACCCCUGGAUGGCCAUAGCAGGAGGCGUGUACGGAGGCGCAAAUGGACUCCGCAGACGAGGAAGACAAACGUACACCAGGUACCAAACGUUGGAAUUGGAGAAGGAGUUCCACACGAAUCAUUACCUGACGAGGAGGCGGCGUAUAGAAAUGGCACACGCGCUUUGCCUAACGGAACGACAAAUCAAAAUUUGGUUCCAAAACCGAAGGAUGAAAUUAAAGAAAGAAAUUCAAGCGAUCAAAGAACUUAACGAACAAGAAAAACAGGCACAAGCCCAAAAAGCUGCGGCGGCGGCGGCGGCUGCGGCGGCAGCAGCCCAAGUGGACCAGAACUAGUGGAGCGGAUAUACUUAGACGAUCUCGGCGAUUGGCUAGCAGUUGCACUUGUAAAAAUUAAGAACCGAUCCGGACCUCACGCUUCCGGUGAAUGCAACCGUUUUUGGACCCAUUUCGGCCUUUCGCUCGGACCAUCUAAGUGUAUCAACGCCUCACAGAAUACCAUGAACAAAUUUGGAACAAGGAACCAGAUGCACUGAUAAAUACGUACUGAACACCCUCCAAAAUUAAUAAAUCAAAUUUAUUAAUCAAACGAGAACUAUAUAAUUAUUAAAUCGAAUAAUCGAAUAAAAAGUUCUUUUGAAUGAACAAAACUGUGUAUACUAUAGCAUGUAAGUGUAAAAAAGAAAAUUAUUAUAUUCUAGUGUAAGUAAUAAUUAUACGUAAUAUUAAAGUAUAAUUACGUCAAAUGCCAGACAAAAAGUUAGUACUAUUUUUCGAUCGAAGAAAAUCGAUUUUAGGCGACUUCUUUGUGUGCCAUAAUCACGGUGAUGUUAAAUAACGUAAUACGUAAAUGAACACUCCAUUUUUGUUGUUUUAUUUUUAUUAUUAUUUCCUUUCACACCGGUUAUAAAAGCUUCUCUUCUAUCCUAUUAGAAAUUAGAAAAUUUAGUCAUAUAAACAGAAAAGGAUUUAGAUAUCUAUGUAAAUGUUUAAACGUGUAAAUAGUUUGCAGAAAUCUCUCGCCUAAAGAAUUUAUACGUAAAUGUGUGAAUAAAACUAUUAACAAAAAAAAUGAUAGUGUGUAACGUCUUAGAAUUAGAUUGGUAUUAAAAAUGUAGGAUUUUCUUUUGGUCCCAUUUUUAAGUUAGUUAAUUUUAUUUAAGGACUGAACGAUAGUACAACUCAACACGUAUACGGUUUUUCUACUUAAUUAAAAGUUAAAAUUAAAAAUUAACAAAGAUUUCAAUAAAUUGAAUUGUAAAAAAGGUCGGAACUUGUACCUUGCAAUAUUAAGUGUAGUAUUUUUUUAAUAAAUGUAAUUAAUUAAUAUAAAAAACCCGGUGUGAUAAGGAACGAUUAUUUUUUUUA